UUAAAGAUCUCUGAAGUAAGAGUAGCAGAUUUGAAAAUGAGAACUCAAAAUAUGCAUUCUGUGCCAGAGAUCACAAAACUAGUGAGUAUAAAUGUGAAACAUGCUCAAAAAGAGGUGAAAUUUGUUAAUAUACUCUGCUUAAGUGCUCUAAUUGCAAAGAAAAAUAUGCUUCUAGCUCAAAAGAAU